GUCCGCUUGGCUUCGGCUUCGGCGUCGGCGUCGCUCCCGCGCUGGGGCAGUAGGCCGGCUUCUCUCCGCUGGCCGCGGUUAGGUGUUGGUGGCGAAGGGCCGCCAGCCGCGCGGCGUCGGCCCUGGCGUCGGGGUCGUUGUGUCGUCACAACGACUCCGGUAGUCGUCUCCGCGACAGCAGGUGCGGCCGCUUUAGCCCCAGGCGGGCUCCGCGGCUGCCUGGCGAGUCUGUGCACGCGCCCAGCCCUUUCCUUCCUGGACCCAGCGCCAAGCAGCGACGCUGAGCCGACCGCCGGAGCGGCGGGCAAUGGCGGCCUCGACGGCCUCGCAUCGGCCCAUCAAGGGGAUCCUGAAGAACAAGAGUUCUACGACUUCCUCUGUGGUGGCCUCGGCCGAACAGCCCGGCCGGAGUGUCGACGAAGAGCUGAGUAAAAAAUCCCAGAAGUGGGAUGAAAUGAACAUCCUGGCGACAUAUCAUCCAGCAGACAAAGACUAUGGUUUAAUGAAAAUAGAUGAACCUAGCACUCCUUACCAUAGUAUGGUAGGUGAUGAUGAAGAUGCAUUGAGUGAUUCAGAAACCACUGAAGCCUUGACCCCAGAUAUCUUAGCUAAGAAAUUAGCUGCUGCUGAAGGCUCAGAGCCAAAGUAUCGGGUUCAUGAACAAGAAAGCAGUGAAGAUGAGGAUAGUGACCUCUCACCUGAAGAACAAGGUAAAAAAAAGCGACAAUUUGAAAUGAAAAGAAAGCUUCACUACAAUGAAGGACUGAAUAUUAAAUUAGCUAGACAAUUAAUUUCAAAAGACCUGCAUGAUGAUGAGGAAGAUGAAGAAAUGUCAGAGACAGCAGCUGAAGAAUGCAUGAACGUGGAACAAUCAAAUCAAGGAUCUACUACAAGUGACCAACUGCAAAACAAAUCACAGAGUUCAUAGAAAAGACUUGUUCAACACUGUAAUUGUCAGAUAUAAACCCUGUUACUAUAAUACACUGCUUCUUGUUCUCAACAAUUCAUGACUUAAGUACCAAAAUGCAUACCAAUUAUUAUAUAUUGCCAAGAAUUAAAUAGAGACUAAUUAGACUGAAAUGCCUACUUGAUACAUAUAUUCUUGUGCCUAGUACUUCACCACAAAUACAGCAUAAUGUCAUCAGUCCAAAACUGAGGUUUUAUAAGAACACUGGUUAAUUUGUAUAAGAUAUUAUAUAGCUUUUUAUGCUUUAGAAGUUAAAUAAUAUCUCUUGGGGGGGUUCUAAUUUAUUCACUUCUAGAUGUGAUAGCUCUUAUAAAAAGGUUUUUUUUGUUUUUUGUUUUGUUUUGUUUUUUUUUAACUCAAAUCCAGUUGGAGCAACCAACCAAUUAUAUAGGCUGAUAAAAUACUGAGUCUAAGAAGUAUUUUAACAUGUGUCUUCAACUUGAUUUGUCUGUUUAAUUGAAAAGGAUUAUAAGAGUAAUUGUUGCAUUUUCUGGCCUACUAUCUUUAAAAUUACCCUUGAGUUUCUUUAUGUUUACAAGGACAGGAUUGAAUUUUUUCUCAUCAAAACUAGCUUUUUUCACAAAUAAAUUAUCAGGUUAAACUUGCACUAACAUCUGCUCUGUUUUUUGUACACUUGAUGGGCAGACUUUCAGAUCAGUUUUUUAAAUAAAUGUAAUUCUAAUAUGGU